AGAGGUGCUUGUGAGACUUAGAUUGUAUGGGAUGAAAGAUUUUUCAACACAUUGAAAAAUAUGUUUUGAAAUAAUGUGGGGCUGAUAGGGUAAAAAAAGUUGGUCCACAUCAGUGUUCUCGGGUUUUUGCUAGCGUAUAGUGUGUUCCAAAACGCUAAGUUUCCUUCGUAUUCAUUUUGUUUGAAAGCAGUUAAAAAAAAAACACAUUCAAUAUGGACGCCAUUAAGAAGAAGAUGCAAGCGAUGAAGCUUGAAAAGGAUAACGCCAUUGACAAGGCCGAUACCUGCGAAAACCAAGCUAAGGAUGCUAAUUCCCGUGUCGAUAAACUGAAUGAAGAAACCCGUGACUUGGAAAAGAAAUUGGUCCAGGUUGAAGUUGAUUUGGUUACAUCUAAGGAUGCUUUGGAAAAGGCCAACCGCGAAUUGGAAGAGAAGGAAAAACUCUUGACCUCCACCGAAUCUGAAGUUGCCACUUUGAACCGUAAAGUUCAACAAAUUGAAGAGGAUUUGGAAAAAUCUGAAGAACGCUCAACCAGUGCUCAACAAAAAUUGCUGGAAGCUACCCAAGCUGCCGAUGAGAACAACCGUAUGUGCAAAGUAUUGGAAAACCGUUCUCAACAAGAUGAGGAACGUAUGGAUCAAUUGACCAACCAAUUGAAGGAAGCCCGUAUGUUGGCUGAAGAUGCUGAUACCAAGUCCGAUGAAGUUUCCCGCAAGUUGGCCUUUGUUGAAGAUGAACUUGAAGUUGCUGAAGAUCGUGUCCGUUCCGGUGAGUCAAAGAUCAUGGAACUCGAAGAAGAAUUGAAGGUCGUCGGUAACUCCUUGAAAUCCUUGGAAGUAUCCGAAGAGAAGGCUAACCAACGUGUUGAAGAAUUCAAGCGUGAAAUGAAGACCUUGACCGUUAAAUUGAAGGAAGCUGAACAACGUGCCGAACAUGCUGAGAAGCAAGUGAAGAGGCUCCAGAAGGAAGUCGACAGGCUAGAAGACCGUCUCUUCCACGAAAAAGAAAAGUACAAAGCGAUCUGCGACGAUUUGGAUUCAACAUUUGCUGAACUUACUGGAUAUUAAAAUAAUCAAAAGAAUAAUAUCUACUAUAAUAAUGAACUUAAAAACAAUUUACAAGACAUUUACAAUGACACUAAAAAAACACCAAAUAUUUUAUUUUUACCCAUUUAUACUACUUAAAUCAAAAAAACAACAAAAAAACUGUCCAAAUGCACUGCAUUCAGUUUGCUUAAUUAGCAAAAUAUUUUUUUUUUUUUGUUGAAUUUCUUAGAUAAAAAUUAGCAAUAAUUUGUUUGUUUUACUAUGCAAAAAUAAGCAUAUUAUUGCAAAUAAUGUAGUAGAGUUUUCUAUUUAAAAAUUUUAUGAGUAUAGUAGUUCAGAAAAUUUGAUGCAAAAUUUUUUCCACGCACCAUCUUUCGCAAUUUCCAAGAAUUGUAUGCGUUCAGGUUGUGUCCACACCGACAGUGAUUUUUUAUCUUUGUUAAUAUUUGUAAAAAAUUAUUUUUGAGCUUUGUGCUAUUUUGCGUUUUUACAUAUUAUUAUUUCUUUUGGCAGAUGAUUUUUUAAAACUGAGUACUUAAUUGAGUAACAUUUGUAUUGAUAUUAUGUACUAUAAAAUUGAAUGGAGGCGUAUUCAUAGAAACUAUUUAAGCUCUUUCUAAGAUAAACUGGAGUUUAUCCUAUUUAAAUGACAUUGGUUAAGCUCUGGACUAAGUCAAACUGGAGUUUAAAAAUUUUAAAAACACCUAUGAAUACCGUCUGAUAAGUUUAGUAAGGUUUUGCACACUUACUGAACAUUUCAGUUUAUUUUUAUUCAGUACAAAAUGUCAAACCUUUUGUUACACUCAAUCAAAGAAUCAACUUAAACAAAAUACAAAAACAAAACGCUUCCAGCCCCCGCAUAUGUAUAUUUUUGUACAAAAUAUUCCAGAUAUUUCAAUUUCUAUCCUAAAAAACAAAUCAGACACACUGUAAAUUCCAGCUGAAAAAAAAAGAAAA